AGCAACAGCAGCAGCGUCAUCAUCAUCAUCAGCUGCAGCAGCAGCAACAGCAGCAGCAGCAGCAGCAGCAUCCGUCGACAGGGUCCGAACUGGACGAUCUCCUGCGAUUUCGCGAUACCGGAAUCACGACCGGGCAAGACCAUCAGGGGGAGAUGGUGGCGCAGGAAAUGGCACAGGGCUACACGCAGCUCCUGCACUCGGCGGCGGCGGUGCCGGCCCAGGAGACGCAGGAAUACAUCUCGCUGGAGGAGCUACAGCCGCGCAUUCAUCAUCAGGAACAUCAUCGCACCGUGCACGACACCUGCACGCAACUGGCCACGUCCGCCUCGCAGCUCUAUCAUCAGCAUCAUCAGCAUCAGCAGCAGCGAAACGGCGGUCAGCAGCAGCAACAUCAACGAGAUUACUAUAAUCUCUCGUCCGUGCAGGAAAGCUCGUGCUCCACGAUUUAUUUCGGCGAGAUAGGCACGGGUACCGGGGUGGGAGAGCUAACCACCGCCUCGGCGGGGGGUGGUGGCGAAGGUCUCGCCCCGACUCCAACCCCCGCCAGCAACAGCAGCAGCAACGGCGGCAGCGGCAGCACCGCCAGUACCACCACCACCCCCAGCAGCCCGAGCACGACCACUACAACUGCCACCACCACCACCUCCACCAGCAGCACCGCCACCAUCCCGCAGAUUGCAACGGGGGCUGAACCGCCCCGGCACAUGGAGACACCCCCGACGAUGGUCCCCGACCAGCAGGCACCCGCCUCCGGCCAUCACUAUCACCACCAUCACCAUCAUCAUCAUCAUCGGCAUCAUCGUAGCACGUCCACCACGCCUAGCCAUGGACCGCCGACCGAUACGUCGAAUGAGUUCGCGCCGAUCUCCAGGAAACGGAAGCUUUCGUGCCACGGUGGAAGCGAUCUCAUGGACGACCUGGGAGACGAUGCCAAAUCAGUUCGCACAAACGACGACAGUAAGAAGCAGAACCACAGCGAAAUUGAGAAGCGCAGGAGGGACAAGAUGAACACGUACAUCACUGAGCUCUCGGCGAUGGUACCGAUGUGUCACGCGAUGUCGCGGAAGCUGGACAAGCUGACCGUGCUGCGCAUGGCGGUGCAGCACCUUAAGACUAUCCUCGGCGCGGUUACCUCAUACACGGAAGGUCACUAUAAGCCCGCGUUUCUCAGCGAUCAGGAACUCAAGACGCUCAUACUUCAAGCCGCGGAGGGCUUCGUCUUUGUGGUGGGCUGCGAUCGCGGAAGGAUUCUCUACGUGUCCGAGUCCGUCUCGCAGACUCUCAAUUACUCUCAGGGCGACUUGUUGGGUCAAAGCUGGUUCGACAUCCUGCACCCCAAGGAUGUUGCGAAGAUAAAGGAGCAGCUCUCGUCCUCCGAUCUCAGCCCGAGGGAGCGACUAAUCGACGCGAAAACCAUGUUACCGGUGAAAACCGACGUGCCCCAGGGUGUGUCACGACUUUGCCCCGGUGCGCGGAGAUCCUUCUUCUGCCGGAUGAAGCGCAAAGUCGACGUGGUCCGUGGCGGCGAGAUGCAGGUGAAGGAGGAAACCGACGUCGCCGCUGGCUGCCACAGGCGAAAGAAGCAACAAAACGUAGAUUGGAAGUAUUGCGUGAUUCAGUGCACGGGUUAUCUGAAGUCCUGGGCGCCCGCGAAGAUCGGCCUCGAGGAGCAGGAGGGCGAGGUAGACGGCGAAGCGUGCAAUUUGUCGUGCUUGGUAGCGGUCGGUCGGAUUCAAACGGCGAUAUCGACAACCACGUUGCCGUCGUCGAGGAAGCCUCACUUGAGGCCCAUACAGUUCGUCUCGCGGCACGCAAUGGACGGCAAAUUUCUGUUCGUGGACCAAAGAGCUACUUCAGUAUUGGGCUUUCUACCUCAGGAACUGCUGGGCACCAGUAUGUACGAAUACUAUCAUCACGACGACAUUCCUCACCUGGCGGAAUCUCAUAAAGCUGUGCUGCAAACCUCCGAGCGCGUUACCACGCAGAUCUACAGGUUCAGGAGCAAGGGCGCGAACUUCGUGCGGCUGCAGUCCGAGUGGAAGUCCUUCAGGAAUCCGUGGACCAAAGACAUCGAGUAUCUAAUCGCCAAGAAUUCCGCUGUCUUUUGUGACGCGCGUCCAGGUGGGAACAACAGAUCUGAGGACUCGAGCGUGCAGGGCAACUACGAUUACUUCACGCAGAGUAACGGUGGGUUAGAAAGACUGAUCUCGAGCCACGUGGAGGUAAGUAAGAUCGGCCGGCAAAUAGCGGAAGAGGUGCUGGAUCUGCAAAGACGCGGAGAAGACUCCUCCUCGGGUAGCAGCCCUGGCCCAGCGGCAGACACCGGCUUACUGAACACCGAGUCGCAAAUCACGACGACGGCGUCGCCGGAGAGGAUACCCGACGUCUCCCAGCCGGGUGGCAUCGGCAGCGACAACAACAACAGCAGCAACCCCACGUCGACGUUCAACCACGUGGUGAACAACGUGCAGCUCAACAGCAUCGCGAAUGACCAAGACGACGACAUGAUGGACAUGAUUGGCGGCACCGCGAUUAACGAGUCGCCAAAUCCGAUCCCGUCCGACGGCAACGACGAGGCAGCGAUGGCUGUCAUCAUGAGCCUGCUGGAGGCGGACGCGGGUCUGGGCGGUCCCGUGGACUUUUCCGGAUUGCCCUGGCCGUUGCCAUAAUGCGUACGCACUUUAGUCUGCGAUUUUAGAAUGCGGAGGAUGCCUCCUGGUCGAAACGGAACGCGCGCUCGGAACGAAAAACCCUGGUGCUGAAAAAUGGUGCUUCUAAGGUAUAGGACUCCGUUGAAUCGAGCGAACUGUAGCUUGUCUAAGCGGAACUUCCAAAAUCGCAUUUAAUUAACCGUCGUUCUUUAUCGAUAUCCGUGAAUUCGUAGACCUAUGUAUAUACAUGUUUAUCCCACGUCCCUUCUCUUGUCGUUGAUUUCUUAAAAAAAAAGAAAAUGUACGUUCGCGACGAAAAUAAUUUGCGUUCAGCAAGCGAGAGAAACGAGUGAACGCUUUGACGAACGCCCUCAAAGAUUAGGUGGUGUGACAAUAGUGCGGACAAUAACGUGCGAAUAACCGCAUUCAAGUGACAAAUUGACGUUAUAUACGUGUAAAUAUACGUACACACGCGUGACAUUUUAAGUGUACCUAAUUAAUUCGUAGGAAUAUAAUCUGUACGUGAGGACCUUCGGAAAAUAAAUCUUUUUGACUCGGUGAACGCACGGGACAAGCGGAGGGUUUACUCGUUACGUGUGCAAAUACAAACUCCCGAACGCACUAUCUAGAAAUGAUACAUUCGAUAAUUGAAUUAUACGAUCAGAUGUUGCAAUCUAGCAAAUCCUAUACAUUUCAUUUCGCCAUAACGUAUGACUCGAACUUAAUGCUAUCGUAGUAAUAUCUCUCUAAGAGAGACACGAGUGGAAUGCGGUAAGGUAAGAACUAAAAUGUAAAUAACAUGACAUACUGCUGUAGUUUAUUGUCCGAUAUUAAAAAAAGAGAGAUAACAAAUAUUCACAAGACAUCUUGGUUUUACAUUCAGUAUAAAUAAAUCAUGGUGAGUCUCUUGUGCAAUGAAUUCGAGCUAAUUGUUGCGAGAACUUUUUUCCUAUAUAUAACAGCCUCAGAAUACGCGAUAUUUUGAAGAAUAGAGGAAUUUUGUUCUAUUCACCAGAAUUCGUUAAAGUUAUUAGAAUAUACUUUGCAAGAAACUUUGGUCACAAAUUGAAAUUCCUCUAUUAAAAAAAUCUCCCGGGGUGUAUAAUUCGAAUUAAAACAGAAAUGAAUGAAACCGAAAUAUAAUUGUUAUAAAUUUAGAACCUAAGUUCGUGAUUUGGCGGGGUGAAUUAAUUUCGAGAUAGUGCGAAUUUUGAAAUAUAACAUUUUCCGUAUGUUUCUAUAUUAAUCGCUGCCAGUGUACGGUAGCUCAGGCGAGAAUUUCUUUUUUAUACGACGCGAGAGAAACUAUGUGACUCCUAUUUACAUCAAUGUGUACCAAUGAGAAAAUUAUCGAAUAACGCAUCGUGUACUCCGUUCCGCGACGAUUUAUCGACAAUUCCAGAUAAAUCGUCCAGAUAUUAACGGUGUUGAUAUCUCCUUAAGUACAAAAUCGUUGUUAGAUGUUUAAUAGAGAGAAUUCCUCAUAACUGCAACGAUCGCGAUCUAUAAAUAACUGUUUAUAAAUACUCGUACUUGUUAGAAUUGCCGAUUGAGAAUAACAAACGACAGGCAAGAUCGGAAUGAACUACCGAGUGUGUAUAACUCGUGAUAUUCGGCUGAUGAACGGUGCACAAUUUUAGAGCUUUAAACAUCCAAGCCCGAUUCACACAGAGUACACGACAAUUACGGUGUACGUUACCAAUAGUUUGUACCUACAAAUAAAAUGUUUUUAUGUUUCGUA